GGUUAUUUACAGAUGUGCCUUCAUCAGUGCUGAGUGCCCAUCAUACAGGCUGCAUCUCUUCAAGAGUAUCCAUGAUCAUCCUUUACUUCUUGGUGUGUGUAUCCCUGUUGAUGGCAACAGCUGCUAUUCUGCUGGCCUUUUUGAAAUUUUUCCCUCAGUGUCCAGAAGGCUGGCUGAAGUUCCAGACACACUGCUACUACUUCUCUGCUGCUCAGCUCCCUUGGGAAAAGGCAGUGAGUAGCUGCCAGAGCCUCAGUGCUCACCUCGUCAUGAUUGAUAAAAAUGAUACAGAUAAACAGAACUUUCUGGACCAUCAAAAAAAUUCUAGUUACUGGAUUGGCCUCAGGAAGUACCCUAAAGGAAAGUGGAUGUGGAUAAACGGCAUUCCCUUUCAAGAGAAAACUCAAACAAUUGAAAACGAUGAAAAAAAAGACUGUGUGUAUAAUUCCUUGAAAAAUUCUAAAAGUAUAAAACAGAAAACUGCUUGUACUGAUUAUUUUCCUUAUAUUUGUGAAAAACAACAAGCAUAAAGAACAUUAUAUGCAAUUUUGUAAAGUUUACAUUUUCAUUUUUGAAAAAUCAUGUAGCUCAUAAUUUGCUAGUUUCUAUCUUAAUUUCUUUCGGAGUCACAGUUUUUCAAAUGCUGAAACAAUCAGAAUAAGACAUUCCAAUUAAGAGCUGCUGCUACCUAGCAAGAAAAGUUUGCCUAUUCUUGGUUUUUUGUUUUUAUUUUAUUGAAACAAUAAAGAUAAGGGUAAAAAAAUUA